AUGGUGGAUUUGAGGCCCCCUUUAUACUCUUUGCUGCAGCAGCAGCAGCAGCAGCAGCAGCAGCAGCAGCAAGGUGCAGCAGCAGCAGCAGCAGCAGCACAAACGCCAGCUGCUGCAGCAGCUUUCAGUCAAGCUGGAUUUUCUCUAAGACACAAAGCUAAUUACACUUUUGCUGCUGCAUGCAUGCGGAGGCUGCAGCUGACGGGAGACAGCCCCCCUUUUCUGUCUCCUCUUGCUUCUGCUGCUGCUGCUGCUGCUGCUGCAGAUGCAGCAGGAAGGGGCAGUUACUCCUUCGCAUGCAACGAAGACGACGCCCGUUCUGCUGCUGCUGCUGGUGGUGGUGGUGGUGGUGCAGCAGCAGCGCCUGCACCAGCAGCAGCAGCAGCAGCAGCUCCAGCUGCUGCAGAUGCAGCAGGAAGGGGCAGUACAGAACAAACCCAAGACAACCAAACACGCCGCAGCAGCCGCCCCCGCAGGCCGCAUGCAAACUUGGUGCUUGAGCUGCUGCAUCGUGCUGCUGCUCCCCUGCAGCAGCAGCAGCAGCAGCAGCAGCAGCAGCAGCAGGUGAGUCUUGCUGUGAGAGAGGGCUUCGCUCUAGACAACCUAGCAGACCUGCUGGAGCUGCUGAGCUAUGCACUGGACCACCGCAGCAAGCUGCUGCAGCACCAGGCAGCAGCAGCAGCAGCAGCAGCAGCAGCAAAGCAGCAGCGAAACUUACACCAUCAGCAGCAGCAGAUAUUACAGCAGCAACAGCAGCUGCAGCAGCAGCAGCAGCAGCAGCACCUCGCAGCAGACUGGCAAACGCAGCAGCAGCUGCUGCGGCUGCGCGGGACCCCCAACAGCAGCAGCCCAGAAGCAGAAGCAACAACACCAGAAGCAGCAGCAGCAGCAGCAACAGCAGCAGCAGCAGCAGCAGCAGCAGCAACCAGCUGCUUUUUCUCUUCUCUAGACAAUGCUGAGCUCAUCACCGACACCCCCAUGUGGGGCAGCGACAGCUGGCCGUGGGCGCCGCUAAGAAACUCACGCGAGUGGCAGCAGCAGCAGCAGCAGCAGCAGCAGCAGCAGCAGCAGCAACAGCAGCAGCAGCAGCAGCAGCAGCAGCAGCAGCAGAAGGAAAAAACAGAUGCAGGGCCUCUUCUAGCUAAGCAUAAACUCUCACUUUUUGAUAUUUGUGUUGAGUCGAAACUCUUUGCUAAAGAUGGAUUGCUAGCUUGUUCCUUCUUCGCUCGGCUGCGGCGUUUAGUUGAGGGAGAAAGUCUCCCAGUAGGAGGCGGCAAGACAAACCGCGGCCUCAUGCUUGCAAAAGAGGCAAGGGUGCUGCGAAGCAACCGCCUCACGCCGCUGGUGUUUGUGGCCCCCGAGCUAGGCAAAUGGUCUACUGUUGGGGGUUUAGGGGUUAUGGUUGACGAGCUCUCAACAACCCUAGCAACCGUAAACCCUAAACCCUAA